UGUGGAAGGGAAGGGAGGGUCUCUUUUCUGAGGCUGGAGUUGGAAUCAUAUAUAUAUAUAAUCGGUUCUUUACAGGUUCGCGUUUCGUUGUGCUAACACCUUGAGUUAUUUUUUUAAAUUAGGAGAAGAGCAACAUAUUUUCAGCAAUGAAUCCUGACAUUCACAGAGAAAGACAAAAUGCUACAUUCGAGACGGAAAUUCUUACAAACAUCCUGGAUGGAAGUGCGGAAAAGACCUGCAGGAGGAGGGAGAUAGAGUCUCUGGUCAUUAAUGAUCCAGACUUCCAGCACGAAGACCUGAACUUCAUGUCCCGCAGCGAGCGCUAUGACUUGGCUGUGAAGAAGAGCGUCCAGAUGUUUUCGAAGCUCAAGGAUUAUGGCAUCUGUGAUCCUGAGGAGAUAUACUUCUAUAAGAGAGUGGCACGAAAAACAUACCACGAGGCUGUCGGUCUCCAUUAUGUGAUGUUCAUCCCUGCGCUGUCCGGCCAGGGCACCCCUGAGCAGUGUGACAAAUGGCUGGCGCUGGCCGAUUCAUUAAAGGUGGUUGGCACAUACGCUCAGACUGAGCUGGGGCACGGAACGCACAUCCGUGCACUUGAGACCACAGCGACCUAUGACCCCUCCACACAGGAGUUUGUCCUGAACAGCCCGACGGUCACUUCUAUCAAGUGGUGGGCAGGAGGACUGGGUAAGUCAUCGAACCACGCCAUUGUGUUGGCCCAGCUGUACACGCAGGGCAAGUGUCACGGCCUCCACGCCUUCAUUGUCCCUAUACGGUGCAUGAAAACCCACCAGCCUCUGCCAGGCGUGCUUGUCGGUGACAUUGGUCCCAAAUUCGGCUUUGACGAGGUGGAUAACGGUUUUCUGAAGCUGGACAACAUUCGGAUCCCGCGUGAGAAUAUGCUGAUGAAGUACGCCAAGGUCCAACCUGAUGGCACGUACGUGAAACCUCCCAGUGAUAAGCUGACGUAUGGCACUAUGGUGUUUAUCCGCUCCUUGAUUGUAGGAGACUCAGCCGUAGCUCUGUCUAAAUCCUGUACCAUCGCCAUCCGCUACAGUGCUGUCCGUCAUCAGUCCGAACUACGAGCUGGAGAACCAGAGCCACAGAUCUUGGACUACCAAGCUCAGCAGUAUAAACUCUUCCCACUGUUAGCCACGGCCUACGCCUUCACCUUUGUGGGCCAGUACAUGACCGACACGUACCAUCGCAUCACUGGAGACAUCAACCAGGGAGACUUUAGCCAGCUGCCCGAGCUCCACGCUCUGGCUGCGGGUUUGAAAGCGUUCACUACGUGGACUGUGAAUGCAGGGAUUGAAAUGUGUCGGAUGGCAUGCGGAGGUCACGGUUACUCUCGAAGCAGUGGCCUGCCGGACAUCUACGUCACCUUUACACCCAUGUGCACCUACGAGGGCGAGAACACGGUCAUGAUGCUGCAGACGGCCCGGUACCUGGUGAAGAGCUACAGACAAGUGCACGAUGGAAAGCAGAUCAGUGGCAUGGUCUCGUAUUUGAACGACUCUAACCAGCGUUUUCAGCCUCGCCCCAUGAGCUCUAGACCCCAAGUCAUCAACAUUAAUGACCUGCAGAGCCUCGUGGAGGCCUACAAACUCCGUGCUGCCAACCUGGUGGAAACGGCAGUGAAGAGCCUGCAGACAGACCUCCAGUACAGCAAGAGCCAAGAGGAUGCCUGGAACAAUAACUCCUUCGAGCUCAUCCGGGCCUCUGACGCCCACUGUCAUUAUGUAGUGGUGAAGCUGUUUGCUGACAAGCUGAGUGAGAUCAGUAACACGGCCGUGUACUCCGUCCUCAGCACUCUCGCCCUGCUCUAUGCCCUGCAUGGUGUUGCCAACAACUCUGGAGACUUUUUGCAGGCUGGUCUACUGACCAUUCCUCAGCUGACUCAGAUCACUCGGAAGCUAAAGGCCCUGAUGGCUGAGAUCCGUCCGAACGCCGUGGCUUUGGUGGACGCCUUCGACUACUGUGACGAGAUGUUGAACUCGACGCUAGGCCGCUAUGACGGGAACGUCUACGAGAGCAUGUUCGAGUGGGCCAAGAGAGCUCCACUCAAUCGUACAGAGGUCCAUGAAUCGUACUACAAGUACAUGAAACCUCUGCAGUCCAAGCUGUGAGUGUGAAGCUGGGACUCUCAUCGACUAACACACAAUUUCUGUUUGUUUAAUUCCUGUAUGAAGAAUAAUCUCUCAACCACGUCUAAUCGAUCUGACGGAGCCUCUGCAGUUACGGCUGAUGUGAAUCAGAGCGCUGCUCUUGGAUCAGUUUUUCGUUUUAUUGUUAAUGCUUUAAUCCCAAGCGAGUUAGAAUGUUUUUUGUCUUUUUAGUUUUAGUAAUGAGGUAAUCUAGACAGAGCUGCUGAUUCCAGAUCAGAACAUGAUCAAUAUGGGUCUGGAUAGAUGUGCUGUAUGUGGUCGAGAGUGGAACAGGUUUUUUUUUUUUUUUUUUUUUUGGUUUUGUUUUUUUUUUUAAAUAACUGUACAAUUUCAUUUGGGCUCAUUUCGGGGCGUGGUCUUGCCCUUCAUUUGAUCUUACCAGUAAUAUCGGUGAAAUGUGAUUUUUUUUUUUUUUUUUUUUUUUUGGGUUAUUGCAUCUGUACAAUGAACUACAGUUUUUAAACAUAUUCCUGUUGAAUAUUACAGCAGUUCCUGGUGGUGUACUGAAAUUGUCGGGUGGUCCUGAUGAGACUCAACGUUAUGUAAUCCAGAAGUAAAAAUGUGUAAUGUGUGUGGGGGUUUUUUUUGGUCUUGUCAAUUUUUAAAAAUUCCCACCAAUGCAUACUACAGUGAGACUCCAGCUUUUGCAUUAACGUGUCCAUUUUCCCAAUUUCAGAAAGGAUUUUCACAGAAGUCCGUUCCGCAAUAACAAUUGCUAAUAUACUUUAUGACGUAGGGCGGCACGGUGGUGUAGUGGUUAGCGCUGUCGCCUCACAGCAAGAAGGUCCGGGUUCGAGCCCCGUGGCCGGCGAGGGCCUUUCUGUGUGGAGUUUGCAUGUUCUCCCCAUGUCUGCGUGGGUUUCCUCCGGGUGCUCCGGUUUCCCCCACAGUCCAAAGACAUGCAGGUUAGGUUAACUGGUGACUCUAAAUUGACCGUGAGUGUGAAUGGUUGUCUGUGUCUAUGUGUCAGCCCUGUGAUGACCUGGCGACUUGUCCACGGUGUACCCCGCCUUUCGCCCGUAGUCAGCUGGGAUAGGCUCCAGCUUGCCUGCGACCCUGUAGAACAGGAUAAGGCGGCUAGAGAUAAUGAGAUGAGAGAGACUUUUAUGACGUAUUUGAAAACUGAAGAUUGACUACAUGCUGUAUCAGAAGCAGAACAACAACAAAAAAGACUGCCUGGUACAUUAAACCACCUUUAUACAACAAAGCUGCGUGUGUAAUAAUAUAUGGGGUUUUUUUGUUUGUUUGUUUUUUAUUUACAGAAUUUAGAUGGAUGUGUCUUGAAUCACUGAUUGUCCAGAAAAUAUGGCUCCCUAUUUUUGGAGAGUAAAAUAGUGUUAGAUAAUUCUGGAUCUCUGAGUGACCAUUCAAGGCACAGCUUACACUUUGGUCGCCUUAUGAUAUCCUGCUUUAAUUUGUUGACGUGGUAGUUUUAUUCAGGGUCAGUGCAUUUCCAGCUUUUGUUCUCCAGGGAACUUUCCACUGCGUCACAUAAAUCGCUUCGUCCUGCUGACCUUCUGAUUUUUGACCCAGUUUGAUUUAUGCUGCAAUGAAUGAGUAGUAAAACUACAGCUGGAAACAAAUUAUUUUAUUUCUGAGAGCUGUUGUCAAGGUUGAUUACUUGAUUAUGACAAAUAAAAUAUUCACAAUGGA